AUGGCUGCUCAAGUAAACUUAGAUGUUCCCACUUGUCUUGUCAAGGAGCCCGUGAUAAGCCACGAUAAUCCCAUUAGUUAUAAAUCCGAUAGGAUUAGAGGGAUUUUCUUGACGUGGAAGGAUUUGUGGGUGACUGUGCCGGAAAAGGCGAUGGCCGUGGUGGAAGGGCGGCGGCCCAUACUAGCGGGAGUCACCGGCUAUGCCGAGCCAGGGGAGGCCUAUGUGACUCAAGACGACACGCUAAUGACAACCUUAACCGUACGAGAAGUCGUUCACUACUCGGCCCAGCUCCAACUACCGGACUCCAUGUCCAAGCCCGAUAAGAGAAAACGGGCCGAGCAGACAAUAAAUGAAAUGGGCCUACAGGACGCGAUCGACACUAGAAUUGGGGGGUGGAGUGUGAAGGGGCUUAGCAGCGGACAAAAGAGACGGGUAAGCAUUUGCAUAGAGAUCCUGACUCGGCCCAAACUACUCUUUCUGGACGAGCCCACGAGCGGCUUGGACAGCGCGGCUUCUUACCACGUCAUGAGCCGGAUAAUCAAACUUGCGAGACAAGACAAAAGGACAGUUGUUGUCUCUAUUCAUCAGCCAAGUGGGGAGGUCUUUGAGCUUUUUCACAAUUUGUGUCUUUUGUCAUCUGGGAAGAUGGUCUACUUUGGUUCUGCUUCGGCAGCAAAUGAGUUUUUUGCCUCAAAUGGUUUUCGAUGUCCAUCCAUGAGAAAUCCAUCAGACCACUACCUCAGGACUAUAAACAAGGACUUCGAUGCCGAUAUCGAACAAGGAUUUCAUGGUAUGAUAACCGCAACUGAAGCCAUUGAUUUUCUUGCCAAGUUGUACACCUCGUCCGGGGCUAAUCGCCAAGUACAACAACGACUACACCAUAUCAUGGACUUGAAGAAUAGAGAACCACUGGAGAUCAUGAAGGAGAAGCAUGCUGGAUUAACUACACAAUGUCUUGUUCUGACUCGGAGAUCUUUUGUGAACAUGUAUCGUGAUUUGGGUUAUUACUGGCUUCGUCUAGCUAUAUACAUUGCAGUAUGCGUGUGCGUGGGGACAAUAUUUCACAACAUUGGCUAUAGUUACAGUUCCAUCCAGGCAAGAGGCUCAAUGUUGAUGUUUGUGGCUGCAUUCUUGACCUUUAUGGCCAUUGGUGGCUUCCCUUCUUUUGUGGAGGAAAUGAAAAUUUUCUCGCGUGAGCGAUUGAACGGCCACUAUGGCGUGGCCCCAUUCGUGGUUGGGAACACACUAUCCUCCAUCCCCUACUUGCUAUUGAUUUCGGUUGUGCCGGGCCUAAUAGCCUACUACUUGGUCGGCCUCCAGAAGAGCUUUGACCACUUCGCCUACUUUGCGUUGCUCUUGUUCGCGUGCAUGAUGUUGGUCGAGAGCCUGAUGAUGAUUGUGGCUAGCAUCGUGCCCAAUUUUCUCAUGGGGAUCAUAACUGGUGCAGGUCUCCAGGGCAUGAUGAUGCUAUGUGGAGGGCUUUUUCGACUGCCGAACGAUUUGCCGGUGCCAUUUUGGAGGUACCCGAUGUACUACAUUGCGUUUCACAAGUACGCAAAUGAAGGGUUUUAUAAGAAUGAGUUUGAGGGAUUGAAGUUUGAAGAGGGAGUUGGAUGUGGAGGGAUGUCAAGGAGUAUUAGUGGGGAUGAGAUAUUGAGGAGUGUUUGGCAAGUUGAGAUGGGAUACUCCAAGUGGAUUGAUGUAUCCAUCUUGUUUGGCAUGUUGGCUUUCUAUAGGAUUAUGUUUUUUGCUAUAAUAAAAUGUGUGGAGAAGAUUAAGCUAUGA